AACUAGGUCAACGUGAGAUGAUGGUGAGCCAUGCCGCGAACGUCAUGUCAGCGCUAUUUUUGACACUUCUUGUUGGGAAGCACGAUGAUGAACGUCUCAGCAGCCAGUAUGACAUUGUUGAAGACGACGAUAGUGCUGGACCGGUGAUUCUCAACUUUCCCGACCUCCCUGAAGAGCAGCAACCCAAUGCUGCGAACCUGCAGGAAGCCAUCGAAGUUGCCGACAUUGGCGCCCAACCUCACGUCAGGCGUCUGAGCUUAGCGACUCUAAUCAUCGACCUUGCGAUACUACUUGCGAGGAAGCUGUCUUUGAAAGUCGACUAAUUGGCCAUACCUGGACAAUCUACUAAUUUUGCAGUUCAUGCUACUGGCUAUCGUCUAACCUGUAUCUAGCUCACACUAUCAUUGUACCUUAUUAUCGGUCCUUAAACCACACAACUCUGCUUUACACCAAUCAAUCACUCCUUCACUCUCUAUGAUAUCAUCUCACGUACACGAUUAUCUGUGCUAUAACAUAUCAUCAAUACAUCUAGUGGAAAUCUUUGAAGAGCUUU